UGAGCUUGUUAAAAUAACUAUACUGACAAAAUAUUAUGUUGUUUUAAGUGUUAAAUAAAUUUUAUCAGUUCGAAUGGUAAAGUGAAAUUUUAGAACCGCGAACUGUAAACUGAAGUUCGAUGAUCUUGGUAAACUUGAAUGUUGAUUAAUCCAGAUUCUUGUAUUAUUAGCCAGUUUUAAGUGAGUGCAAGGCUAACGCCCUUAGUUUUUUGUGAAGCUUGUCUCUUGCGUGGCUAUUUUAUAAAUUCACUGAAAGUGAAAGGGUUUUUGAUCACAAACUUUCCACUGCGUACUGGUUCAGCAAUCUUCACUUCACUUCAUUGGUUUCAAGUGUUUGCAUCCUGUGGAUAUGGAUAAGGUGUAUUUCACAAUAAACGGAGAACAUUAUUCUUUAUCUGGGUCAGAAGUGAGUCCGACAACCUCUCUGAACGAGUACCUACGUGACUACCUCCAGCUGCAUGGCACUAAAGCCAUGUGCCGCGAGGGCGGCUGCGGCGCGUGCGUCGUGGCCGUGGCGCGGCCCCACCCUGUCACCAAGGAGAAGCACACCGUGGCUGUCAACUCUUGCCUUGUCCACGUGCUAUCAUGCCACCAAUGGGACAUCACCACCGUAGAAGGUGUGGGCAACCGCAAAGACGGCUACCACGCCAUACAGAGCCGCCUGGCUGCAUUCAACGGUACCCAAUGCGGGUACUGCACGCCUGGAUGGGUCAUGAAUAUGUACAGCCUCUACGAAGGCGCCAAGCAGAGGCUAUCAACGGGCGACGUGGAGGACUCUUUUGGAGGGAACAUCUGCCGCUGCACUGGUUAUAGGCCAAUCCUCGAUGCCUUCAAGAGCUUUGCUACUGACGCUUCCCCGGAGUUGCAGAAUAAAGUGCUGGACUUGGAAGACCUGCACAAAGUGAAAUGUGCCCAAAAGUGUGACAGGCGAUGCAGUGUGAUCGACGACGAAUGGUGUGUGCUGCAUAACAAACAGGAAUCCAUGUUGCAACUGGAGGGACCCUCCAGCCGAUGGUAUAAGGCCUUCACUCUUCAAGACGUCUUCCAGAUCCUCGCCAAAGAAGGGUUGGACAGUUACAAAUUAUUAGCUGGGAACACCGGUCAAGGAGUGUUCUCCGAUCCGACUCAGCCUCGGAUCUUCAUCGAUAUCUCAUCGAUUGAGGCUCUGAAAGACAACUUAAUCGAUGUCAACCUAGUAAUUGGCGCGGGGACCACGCUCACUGAACUGAUAACGGUGUUCCGCACUCGGUGCAGUCACAAUGACUUCAGUUAUAUGAAGGACUUUGUGGAGCAUUUGGAACUCGUUGCACAUGUACCUGUCAGGAAUACAGGAACAAUCGGCGGUAAUUUGGCUAUGAAAAACGCACACCAUGAUUUUCCAUCAGAUUUGUUCAUUUUAUUGGAAACCGUUAAUGCAACAGUCACUGUAGUAAACCAUACGCUAUCUGAAAAAACCCUGACAAUGCAAGAAUUUUUAAACACUGAUCUAAAGAAUCACGUCUUAACCAACUUCAAAAUGCCGCCACUCUCUCAUAGCAACAAAAUUCGAUCAUACAAGAUAAUGCCUAGGGCACAAAACGCACUGGCUAUUGUAAACGCUGGAUUUGCCUUCAAAUUGGACUCCAAUAACAAGAUAGAACAAGCGCGAAUCGUUUUUAGCCCCAUCUCGUCUUCCUUCAUACAUGCGACAGAGACGGAACAUCUUCUAAAGGGGAAGGAGUUGUUUAACGAAGAAGUGUUGAAAAGUGCUUUGAAGAAAUUAGAAGAAGAGAUUGUGCCUGUGGAUGAUCCGCCGGUGCCAACUCCGUUAUGUAGGAAGACGAUCGCUCUGGGUUUAUUUUAUAAGGCGGUCUUGUCACUUUGUCCCGCGCAAGCAUUGAACCCGCGCUACGCCUCCGGCGCGACUAUGCUAACGCGGGGAAUCUCGACAGGGACGCAAACCUUUGACACGGACAAAUCUCUGUGGCCUCUCAACAAGCCAGUGCCGAAGUUAGAAGCCCUCACGCAGUGCUCAGGGGAAGCGAAGUAUGCUUGUGACGUCAGCUCUACGCCGAGGGAUGUCCACGUGGCCUUCGUAUUGUCCAAGAUAUGUCUGGGAGAAAUUGAGAACUUCGAUGCCAGUCAGGCUUUGAAAAUUCCCGGCGUUGUAGCCUUCUUCACAGCUAAGGACAUCCCAGGGAAGAAUACCUUCGUCCCUACCAAUGUGCCUUGGGCAUCCUUUGAAGAAGAGAUCCUAGCGAGCAAGGAGGUGUCUUACUACGGCCAGCCGGUCGCUUUAGUGGCUGCCGUCAGCCAUGCUAUAGCGCUGAAAGCUGCUGACUUGGUCAAAGUAAAAUAUAAGAAGAGUUCUGCUAAACCAGUGCUGAGCAUCGAAGAAGCGUUGGUCGCACCGGACAAGGAUAGAAGGAUACGCGAGGAUGUCUCAAAGACCGCGACUGGGAAAGGGGAGAACACCAGCCACGUCAUCAAAGGCAGCUUCAUUAUUCCGUCGCAGUACCACUUUACUAUGGAAACUCAAUGCUGUUCUGUAUCCAAUACGGAACUAGGCGUCCAUGUACGUUCGGCCACGCAGUGGAUGGAUCUAGUGCAUGUGGCUGUUGCUAAUGCUUUGGAUAUUGAGCAGAAUAGGGUGAUAGUGUCAGUCCCACGCGUGGGCGGCGCGUAUGGCGGUAAAGCGUCCCGCUCGGCGCUAGCAGCGUGCGCGUGCGCACUGGUGGCGCGGAAACUUAACAGGACCGCCACUUUAGUAAUGCCUCUGACGCACAACAUGGCCGCUAUAGGGAAGAGGCAGCGGUGCAGAGCUGAUUAUGAGCUAGGUGUGGACGAUGAGGGGGUCAUCCAAUACCUAAACCUAACUUACUAUAUGGACUGCGGGUUCAACUUCAACGAUACAGCCGGCAGCGCUAUCAGUGACGUCAUGGCUCUAAUGUACCAGAGCUCCACCUGGACAGUUAAAGGAUACAGCGUGCUCACGGAUACGGCUGGCAACACUUGGUGCAGGGCACCCGGAACCAACGAAGCCACUGCUAUCGUCGAACUCCUAAUGGAGCGAAUCGCUCACGUCACCAAAAAGGAUCCAAUCGACGUUCGCAUCAAGAACAUCACUCCCGAACAUAUCUCCAUCAAAGACAUGAUAGAUACGCUCAAAAACGACUCAAAUUACAACGAGCGUAAGGCUCAAAUUGCGACCUUUAAUGCCGAGAAUGCUUGGAAGAAACGCGGCAUCAAGCUGUGUAUAAUGUCGUUCCCAAUUGAUUACUCUUGGAACUUCCCAGUGACAGUUUCAGUGUACCAUGGAGACGCAACAGUAGCUAUAACCCACGGUGGUAUCGAGAUGGGCCAGGGCAUCAAUACGAAAGUGGCUCAAGUGUGUGCGUAUACUCUGAAGGUACCGUUGGAAAAAGUGUCAGUUUUCGGCAGUGACAGUCUGUCGUCGCCCAAUGCGAUGGCCAGUAACGGCAGCAUAACAAGCGACUGUGUCGCAUACGCUACAGUGAAGUCGUGUACGGAACUGUUGAAGAGAUUGGAAGCGGUGAAGAAUGAAAUGAAUGACCCGUCGUGGGAGCAGCUAGUGCAGAAGGCAUUUGAAAAAGGAGUGAACCUCCAAACAUCAUACAUGACGGGCCCUCUGGACUCACCGGCCGGUUACAACAUACACGGCGCGUGCGCGUGCGAGGUGGAACUAGACGUGUUAACGGGACAGCACUCCGUCACGCGCGUGGACUUGAUUGAGGAUGUGGGCGUCAGCAUCAGCCCUGAUAUCGAUGUAGGACAGAUCGAAGGCGCGUUCAUAAUGGGACUCGGUUUAUGGACGAGCGAGCAGCUGGCUUAUGAACCAUCAUCGGGCCGCCUGCUUACGGACCGCACCUGGACCUACCACCCGCCAGGUGCCAAAGACAUUCCCGUGGACUUUAGAGUGGCCUUCCAGAAGAACUCCAUCAAUACUGCCGGGGUUCUGAGGUCUAAAGCAACGGGAGAGCCCGCGCUGACGCUAGCGGUGACGGUCCCCCUCGCGCUGCAUGACGCUAUUGUCAGCGCUAGGAAAGAGUUCGGCUACGCAGACACGGAGUGGUUAGACGUUGAUACACCAUACAGUGUCGAAAACAUUCUAAAAGCAAUCUCGCCUAAAACAGAAAGUUUUCAGCUUAAGUGAAAUAUACUCAUUAAAAGAUAAGAUUAAGUAAGCUUUAAAUAUUAGUUCAAAACUAUAUUUCUUUUACAUUAAAUUAUUUACCUUCAGCAAC